AUGAUAUGCCCUCUUGUGGCAGUUGGACUGGCGACAGGAGCUAUCAUCCUAUUUGAGGUUGUGAUUGCUAUUUCAGCAGUCUGUGUCAUCCCUUUUGAAACCAAGGGACGGGAAUUGAGUGACAGAGUAGAUCAUGCACCUGAUUCACAACAAGUUGUUGCCGUUGUGAGAAGGCAUGUUUGGUUGCUAGCUCAUUUUGAAGCUACGAUCAUGAAUCAACCAGCAGAGAGCUCUGUCAGGAUGCAUGACCAAAACCACCCAGUAUACACUCUAGACGAGGCACUUGCUUCUGUUGGCUUUGGGAAAUUCCAAGCACUGCUGCUUGCUUAUGCCGGACUUGGUUGGUUUGCAGAAGCCAUGGAAGUUAUGAUUCUCUCUUUCGUGGGACCGGCGGUUAAGUCCGAGUGGAAUCUCUCCCCAGGCCAAGAGAGUCUGCUAACAACUGCUGUUUUUUCCGGCAUGCUUGUUGGAGCCUAUUCUUGGGGCCUUGGUUUGCUAGGAAUGACUCUUCUAAGUAGUGGAGCUGGAUUUUUGAGUCCUUUCUCCCCUAAUUAUGCAUCUCUGGUAAUUCUUCGUUGUUUCGUCGGCAUUGGCCUGGGUGGUGCAACUGUAUUCAGCUCCUGGUUUGUAGAGUUUGUUCCUGCUUCAAAUAGAGGCACAAGGAUGGUUCUCCUCUCAAUGUUCUGGGCAUUUGGAACCAUUUUUGAGUCUGCACUUGCAUGGGUACUGUCUUCUAUUUCCUCACUUCUGUAA